AUGAAAGUAAUAAGUUCUGAAUCCGCUGCUGACCAGCUGUCACAGCGACAUCAAUCAGUAACAGUUAUUUCAAGUAGCAGUGACUCGAUAGCUGUUCCAUCCCCACCAGUUCCCAACAGGGUCAAGAGACUAGUCGUGGCAAAGCUAUCCUCCACUCACCAUCCUCGACCAAAGAUGGCCUACGGCAACCUGGCUGAGCUGCUGUCCUUCAGCAACCCCGUCUUCAGGUCCUACCUGGUCUGCAACAGCGUCCUCGUCCUCAAAGUCAUGGGGAUGGCGCCCCUCAUCGCCCGCCAUCGGUUCGCGAAAAAGAUCUUCAUAAGCCCUGAGGACACGAAGAUGGUCCAGGGAGCAAAAGUUGUAGAGAGUGAUCCCGAUAUCGAGCGAUGCCGGAGGGCCCACUUGAAUGACAUCGAGAACAUCCCUCUCUUCUUCACCGCUGCUCUUGGUUACUUGUUGACAAAUCCUGAACCAACUCUUGCGAUAAACCUGAUGAGGCUGUAUACUGCUGCGCGAAUAGCUCAUACGUUUGUUUAUGCAGUUGUUGUUGUACCUCAACCAUCUAGGGUCAUAGCUUUUGGAAUUGGCUUUGGAAUUACAGGUUUCAUGGCUGUUUCUACCAUAUUGAAGUUCUUUAACUGA